CCUGGAGCCCGUUGGUGCUUGAGAGGCUUUCUUUCAGUGGUUUUAACAUCCUGACAUCUACUAGUCUGGUCUUGUCAUCGUGAGAGCUGGUACUACACAUGAGGAGUUAGUUUGCUGGUUAGCUAGCUAGCUUGACAGUGUGACUUUUGUUUAUUUUCGUCCUGUAAAGUCAGACGACAUGUUCACGUCUGCCGCUUGUUCGUGCGUGAGAAAUGGGAGGAAGGUCUCGGCCCAUGUUGGCAGACUGUCCCGUCUUUGCCCGAAGAGGUCCUCGGCCUCCACAGGGCCGUGCAGACCCCUCACCCAGCGGCCGUGGUUGGUGCCAGUCGCCCAGACGCAGGUGCUCCCCAGGGCCGUGUCCUUCUCCGCCGCGUCCCGUGCAGAUGUGGCCUCUCCCGGCGCUCCGACAGACCCAGCGGAGAGCGCCCCGCCCGAGGACGGCGUCCGCUUCGGCUCGCUGUCCGCUGACUUCUCCUCCAGGAGGUCUUUCCGGAAAAGUAGCCCGGACACCCAGGAUCUGCGAUUCCAAGACGAUGUGGAGGAAGACCUGGGUGAACCUGUGAAGUCCGGGAGUAGAAACACCCCUUACUGGUAUUUCUUACAGUGCAAGAAGCUGAUCAAGGAGAAUAAGCUCCAGGAGGCCUUGGAUCUGUUCAGCAGAGACAUGCUGAGAGGAGAGAGGCUGCAGCCGGAGGAGUACAACUACUCGGUGCUGAUUGGAGGCUGUGGCCGUGCUGGACACCUCAAGAGGGCCUUCAGACUCUACAAUGAUAUGAAGAAGCGCGGUCUAGUUGCCUCAGAUGCCACAUACACUGCCCUGUUCAAUGCCUGCGCAGAGUCACCAUGGAAACAAACGGGUCUUCAGCAGGCGCUGCACUUGGAGCAAGAACUUCGCCGCAAAAACUAUCCACUGAGCAGCAUCACGUACCACGCCCUUCUGAAGACACACGCAGUCACCAAUCAUCUUCAAGCCUGUAUUCACACACUCAGGGAAAUGCGGCAGAAUGGCCAUGCUCUCACUCAGGAGACAUUUCACUACCUACUGAUGGCAUGUCUGAAGGACAAAGAAGCAGGAUUCAGACUAGCUCUGCAGAUUUGGCGCCAGAUGCUCAGAUCAGGGAUUCGACCAGACUCUACGAAUUACAACCUGCUCCUACGAACUGCUAGGGAUUGUGGGGUUGGUGAUCUUGCCCUUGCCACAGACCUUUUGCUGGGACCUGAUUUGACAUGUCAGAAUGGGAGAGAUGGCAUGGCAAAUGUCAGACCAGAGUCACGAAGGAAGGAUCCAGUGGACAUUGACCUCCUGGAGAGAGAGCUGUUAAUUCAGCCUGGUCAGCACAGUCACAGACUCAGUCACAACAACACAGGCAAUGAAAUUGUCCCUCGAGCAGAAGAGGAGCCCUGUAGCAAACAAAACUCAACCCAACUGGUAGUGGUCAGGGAAAGAGAAAAUGUCUCACUGCCUUGUGAGCUACAGGGUGAUUCUGGGCCCCCUAACCUAUUGGACUUUUUUGAGGGGAAAAGGGGCGGUGUGGUCUCCCUCGGCACUGUGAAUGAAACGUCUGAUAGGCUGGCCGUGAUAGGAGGAGCCAAAGGCGUCCUGGAGAAGAUGGCAGAUAAUGGACUCAGUCCAGACCUGAAAACCCUAACCCUACUGGCCGAUGUAAUGGAACCGAGCAGAGAAUCGUUGCAGAUGCUUCUGCAGGUUGCCAAGCAGUACAAAGUGAAACUCGAUGUAGCUUUCUUCAACUCUGUGAUUCGCCGAUCAGCGAGAGCUGGCGACCUGGAUGGAGCAAAGGCUGUCUUGGCUGUGAUGCGUCAGCGAAAUGUAAAUGUGAACAUACAGACGUAUGGCAGCCUUGCACUGGGCUGUGAGCGACAGAGAGAUGGUCUGCAGCUCCUGAAAGAUAUGGAGGAGGCGAGAUUUAGGCCAAAUGUCCAGGUGUUCUCUGCUCUGAUCGGCCAUGCAGCUCGAAGACUGGAUUACAUCUACCUUAGAACACUCCUCAAAAGCAUGACGGCCAUGGGUGUGUGGCCAAAUGAGAUCAUCAUCAGACAGUUGGAGUUUGCUGCACAAUAUCCACCCAACUAUGACCAGUACAAGACCAGAGACAACUAUCUUGUUCACAUCGACGGUUUCCGCGGAUACUACCAGCAGUGGCUAAGAGCCAUGCCUGCCCUGGGUGCUGAGGACAAGCAGGCAGAGCCACAAGCUGAGACCGACCAGGAGGGACCAGCUGAUGGACUGACAGAGUCUGAGAGGAAUAAGAAAGCUGCAGCAAGGAGAUAUCGUACCCAUAAAGGCAGCAAGCAGAGCAGCUCCGUUUCUGUAGUGUGACAUAAAUGUGUUUUAUCAGUUGUAAUAGCACCUGCUAAAACAGUCUCUUCAUUCUCAUUUCCCUUGCUUUAUAGCAUGCCUGUCUGCUUACAUUAAGCUGUGUAAGACUGGAUGGAUUUCUGUCUGUGUCAGGUCAAAGCACUGCCUCAUUGACCUUGUGGCCUCACAUCACUUAACUUAUUGUACUGUGAGUGUGUUUAUGACCCAAAGGAUUCAUGUUAUUUUCAUUAACAUGGUAAAUAAAGCAAAUAAUAUGCAACGUUGA